AUGGGGCCGCUGGGGACGGCGGCCGUGCGGGACCCCGGCGGCGCCGCGCUGCCCCGCGGCUUCUGGGCGGCCGUGCGCGUGUGGCUGGAGAAGCCGCAGGUGGCCAACAGGCGACUGAGCGGCGCCGCGGUCCAGGCGGAGGGGACGGUGCCGCUCGGCGACAGCGGGGAUAUACCGCCAUCCUUCGCUACCGCGGGGGCAGGCGGGGGCGGCGGCGGGCAGGAGGGGCGGGCGGCGGGGGCCGCGGAGCUGGGCCGGCUCUGGAGGGAGGUGCGGGGCCAGCUGGCUCUGCCGCCGCCCCUCACGGCCUGGGGCGGGCCCGGCGAGCUCCGCGCCGUGCUGCGGACGCUGCUGCCCCGCGGCCGGCCCGCCGCGCCCCCCGCCCGGGAGCUGGUGCUGCAAGAUGUUUACAAUAGAACUGUGACCUUUCUGCCUUUGGAGGAAAACACUGAAGGAAAAUACCUGGUUAAAAAGUGCAAUAUUUAUCAAAUUCAACUUAAGCACAUAAAAGAUGAGGAAUGGUCUGUAUCUGUUGUAGCUCCAUUUCCAGAAGAUUGGUUUUCAGAUGGAAUUGUGUACCCCAAACUAGCAUGGCUUGGAAAUGAACUUUUGUCCAAACUGGCUAAAUGGUCCGUGGAGCAAAAGCCCAGUGAAUUUAAAAAUACACUCUCACUCAUUUCAGUAGCAAAAUACAGCAAGGUUUAUCAGGACCUCAAAGAAAAGUACAAAGAGAUGGUAAAGGUGUGGCCUGAAGUGACAGAUCCUGAGAAAUUUGUUUAUGAAGAUGUUGCCAUUGCCACUUACUUGCUGAUUCUUUGGGAAGAAGAGAGAAAAGAAAAAGGGUUGACCAAGAAACAGUCAUUUGUAGAUCUUGGAUGUGGAAAUGGUUUGCUGGUUCAUAUUCUAAACAAUGAAGGGCAUCCAGGAAGAGGGAUUGAUGUGAGAAAAAGAAAAAUAUGGGACAUGUAUGGACCAGAGACGCAUUUAGAGGAAGCUACAAUCAUUCCAGGUGACAGUCAUCUCUUUCCAGACACUGACUGGCUCAUAGGAAACCAUUCAGAUGAAUUAACACCAUGGAUACCUGUAAUUGCAGCUAGGUCUUCCUAUUCAUGUUGUUACUUUGUGCUGCCAUGCUGCUUCUUUGAUUUCCAUGGAAAAUACAGCCGAAGACAAAGCAAGAAAACUCAGUACAGAGAAUAUCUUGAUUUUGUUGCCCAGGUGGGAUUUGUAUGUGGCUUUCAUGUGGAAGAAGAUUGUCUUAGAAUUCCGUCAACAAAAAGGGUCAGCUUUGUUGGGAAAACCAGGACCUAUCCAGCUGCAGAAGGUGCUCUGAUUGACGAGCAGAUAACACAGUUCAUUAACAGUCGUCGGAGCUGUGCUGUGGCCACGUGUGACAGGAGGGUUGGGUUUAACCAUGAGCAUCACUGUGGUGGUCUGUGCAAAGAGGCAGACUCAGGGCCUCCUGAAGAUGAGACUCAGACAGCUGGUACGACUUGGAUGCCUGGAUUUCAACCCAGAGAAAAAGUAGAGCAAGUCAGAAAUUGUGCUUCCCUCCCUCGGGACUUUGUAGAUGAAGUGGUUCUCAGUGUGGCGAACUUGCUGUUAAGUGCAGCCCCCCAAAAAUCAUGUUCUGAUGAGCAGGGUGGAAAUAUGAACACCUGGAAUCAAGGAGAAAGCCUUUCCUUGAGAGAAGUGGCAGAACACUUGGAUAAAGAGAUUUUAAAAAAGCUGAAAAGUGAAUAUGGAGGCCUGCAGACACUACUCAAGAACAAUCACCAAGUAUUUGAAGUUCUGAAUGGGAGAGUUCAUAUUCGUGACUGGAGAAAAGAGAAACCACCAAGUAAAACUAAACCUGAAGUGAAACGACGCCUUUCAGCUGAAGCAUUUAAAACACGCCUCUGUUGGUUUUUCAUUCAUCAUCCUGAUGGUUGUUCUUUACCUUCUGAAGCUUGCCCAUAUGCCCAUGGGACUGAGGAGCUAAGGCAGUCUCAAAUGAUUAAAAAGAAAAAACAUAUACAGUAAUAAAAUGUUGCAACUUGUGUUUAGGUUUAUGUGCAUAACAGAAUCUAUGACUGACUUUGGGACUGCCUAGUGUGUGAACACCUGUACAAAUGGAGGGAUUUUCCUCAUUUCUGUGCAUCUUAUUUUGCAGUUGGUUUACAAGUUCUCCUGUAUUUCUAAUUCUUUAUUUUUUUAUGAACAAGUAAUAGGUAUAGUAAAGUACAUAUAUAUUUUUGAAUUUGUCACAGCUUGUCUAGCAUACAUUUGUAUAACUAGAAAAGUUUAAAAACUUAAUUUCCUGGGAAACUCCUCAUGAUUCUUAAUCAGAUCAAAAGUACAGAUGCAGCAUUUUCAUACCCUGAAAAUUAGCCUGUUUUGUUCCACAUUUUCAAAGAGUAUAAAGGAGACUUCUCUGUCCAGCCAUCCAUGUGCCACUCUGGCAGCCACACCUGCAGCACCUGAGCUGGGGCUGAAGCCCCUUCACAGCAGGCAGCUCCAGUGAGCCCAGGGUUGCCCUGCUUGUCUCCCUACACCCCCCACACUCACACAGACAAGAUUCCUUUACUCCCUGGCCCCAGCAUUCCCGUAGCAAGUCUCACGUGUCUCAAUCCUGAAAAUAAUUUGAAUUUGGUGCAACAUCAAAAUAACAGCUCAAGCUGCUGCCUUUGAUGAGUACAAAGGAACUCCUGGGCUUUUAUACCCUCACAAGCCCAGUGCACAAAGUCUGGGGCUCCUUAGCUCCUGCCUCAUCUCUGUGUGUCCAGUGCUGCCACAGGUCCCCAGGCCCUUUCCUAUGGGAAGGGUAGCAUUUCUCAGCCCCUUGCCUGGGGCCCACUGCUCAGAGCUCAACCUGCAGCUCUCACUAGAGCUCCUGCACUUGCUACCUGCACUGAAUGUGUUCCUCAGCUUGAAAAUUUAUGGCUCACAGUGGUUCUUGGGAGUCCUGGAGUCAGAAAUGACAGAGAUUUCACUCUUUCCUGGCUUGAUCGCUUCCUUUCCAUGUUACUAUUACUAUAUAAUGCCCUUCAUAGUC